AUGGAGGAACGGGUGCAAUCCCGGCGACGCAUUCCCAGUUCGAUGCCGUUACAACGUCGAGGCUGCCGGGCUCUAGCCUACCUCCUCGGCAACAACGCUGCUGCCGGCGAUCUGGCCACGGCAGCACUGACCGAUGCCUUGUUGCAGAUGGAAUCGGCAUCUCGUCGCGUUGCAGCGGCUUGGAUCUUUGCUUCCUGGACGCCCACCCAGCAGCAGUUGCCGGAAACAGUGCAACGGGCGCUGCUGGGUGCUUUGCAGCCGAUGACAGCCAAUGAACGGCAGCAGUUGCAGGAAACGGAAACAAUCCGGCAACAAGUCGUGUAUUCGUAUCGGGUUCUCCUGGAUACGCUGUUGCAGUUGCCGGUGGAAGGGCAAGAACAAUUGGAGGCGCUGCAGGUGGCCGGGCCCGAAACGGCAGCAGAGGUGGUAGUGAGUGUUGAACAAGCAAUGUAUGUGGUGCAGGAAGUGUUGCCGGCGCUGGCAGCGGUGGUGCCGGCAGCGGUGGAAGCGAGUCCGGCAGCAGGAUGGGCCCGGCAACUAGAAUAUGAUCUAAGGCAAUGGGAAGAACAGCAUCAGAUGUGGUGCCGGAGGGUUCGUGCAGCUGCCGGAAGUGCUGUGGUGCAAUGGAAUGCGUUGCCGGAUACCUUGGGUCCUUUAAUUCAACCGCUGCUGCAACAGCUGCUGUUGGGCGAAGAAGCGGCGGCUGCUGCCGGAUCUUUGGCCCGGCUAUGUCGAAUGUGUCUUGCGGCCGGGCAAGCUAAAGUACCCGGCAAGAUGCUGCAGAAGCUGCUGCCGGCUUCUGCCCGUGCAGCUCGCGAGCUGUGGGUACCGGCGCUCUGUACUGAACUGGGCGAACAGGUGCUGGAUCAGGUGCCGGCGCUGCCGUUGGCCUGUCAUCACACUUUACAACAGCACUUUGCGCCCGCCGAUUGGGCGGUUGCCGUUGAUGAAAAGCAGUUGCCGUUGAUGCCGGACAAGGAAGAGCUUGUGGUCCGGCUACUCCAAGAAUUGGACCUCGGUGAAUUACUGAUUCGUUGCCUGGCGCCGGCAGCGGUGGAGGCGGCGGCAGCCAAUGUAGAGCCCGGAUGGUUGAGUUGUGUGCGUUUGGGUGAAACUGAGUUGUUGCGGCCGGCAGCUGCCGCUUGGGCCACACUUGCCGGACGGUUACCGGCAGCUGCCGGUCGACUAGUGGAAGCUCUGGUGCGGUUUCUGCAGUUCGUGGAGGAGCCGGCCGCUCGUCUAGGUGCCGCCGCCGCUCUAGGCGUGUUAGUGGACGAACAUGGAGGCGCGGUUUGGUUGUUGCCGUUGGUGCCGGUGGUAUUCGUCCCGCUACUUGGUCGUCUGAGCGAUGCUGAAGCAGCGGUACGAUCGGCAGCUGCAGGUGCCUUUGCUGCUGCGGUACGUUUGGCACCUUUAGCUCAAGGAUGUACCGUUUCUUUGCUGCCGUUACCGGCAUCUUUGAUUCGGGCCCGGGACGAAGCGCUGCGGUUCGUGGAGCAGUUACUAGAUGGGCAGCAGAGCGAUCCAUACCCGCUGCGGGUGGAGCUGCUGGACGGCACCAAGCUGCGGCCGUACCAGCAAGAUGGUGUGAAUUGGUUGGCGUUCUUGCAGCGGUUUGGACUCCAUGGCUGUCUUUGUGAUGAUAUGGGCCUUGGGAAGACGCUGCAGACGGUGGCGAUUGUGGCCAGCGAAGUGGUCCGGCUACGAGAAGAAGAAGAAGAAAGAAGAAGAAGAAGACCUUCGUUGGUAGUGUGUCCACCAACGUUGGUAUCGCAUUGGGGUUAUGAGCUGAAUAAGUUUGUGAAUAGCCAAGUCCUACGAGCAGAAUGCUAUGAAGGCCCGGCCAAAGAACGACAACAGCGUCGCCGGGCCAUGAUGCAAGGUCUGGAGGAUCACGUGGUGGUGUUAUCGUACAAUGUGCUGCGGGCAGAGGUGGAAUUCUUCAGCCAAGUGCAAUGGUUGUAUGUGAUUCUGGAUGAUGGACAUAUCAUUAAGAACCCGAAGAGCAAGAUCACGUUGGCGUGUAAACGAUUGCAAGCGCAGCGACGUUUGGUGUUGAGCGGGACACCUCUGCAGAAUAGUGUGUUGGAGUUGUGGAGUUUGUUCGAUUUCUUGAUGCCAGGGUACCUUGGCGAUGAAAGUUUGUUUCAGCGUCGGUUCGUGAAGAAGAUCGCGGCCAGCAAUACGUCCAAGGCCAGCGUUCGAGAGCAAGAGCAAGGAGCGUUGGCGUUGGAAGCAUUGCGUCAUCAGGUGUUGCCGUUUGUGUUGCGGCGGAAGAAAGAAGAUGUGUUGGAGGAUCUGCCGGAGAAAGUGAUGAGUGUACAGCAGUUCAAGUUACACGUGGCCAAUACGGUGGUGACCAAAGACAAUCAGAGUUUGUCAUCGAUGGAUACGGCGGGACUGGUGGAGUUGUUUGUAGGUGAUGACGAUGAGAACGAAUCAAAGCACAAGCUCACGUCAGAACCGGUGUUGGAUGCCAUGGGGAAGAUCAUUGCAUCCACCAAAUCUUCAUCCUCCUCCUCCUCGUCUACGUCAUCGAUCAAAGCUGUGUUGCAAGAACUGCAGGAACUAUCAGAUGGAUCUGAAUACCGAGAAGAAUUUGAUGUGGCACUUGUCGAUAACGUUGGAUUCGAAAGAGAUCGUGAUGUGUCUUGGGGAGAUUCGCCUGUCGUUCGAGCUGUCGUUGACGUUGUUCUUGACGUAAUCGAAGUGCUCGUGUACUGCCAGGCGCAGCUUUGGAGGCAGCCGGCGACAGUGCAGAAGCGCUUUUCACGCCUGAACGAUGCAAACGAUGGAAUUGUUUGCUCAUCCAUUCGCGAUAAUAAGCGUAUUCCACCACAUCGGUUAAGGAUUCGGCGUCUUUGUCCAACAAAAGACCUGCGCCGUAUUGCUCAACGAAAGCCAAUUGUUGUGGCGAAGGGCCUCGAGCCGCUGCUCGUGGUCGAUGAAGUCCUUCACGAAGCAGCAGCGGAUGACGACGACGAUCUUGUUGAACGUUUCGUGCUUCGACCACACGACGUCCUACCGCUGCUCGAUUCAUUCGCGCGAAAUCUGGACCAGGACGCGCUAGAGGAUUGGGAACAUGUUCUUCCCAUUCAUGAACGGCGCUGGCCACCGAUUCGUGGCGAUCGCUUGCUGCUUGAUUCGCGUCUUGCACCACUCCAUACGCGAAGUUGUGUGGAGGAAGCUUGGCCACUGACCUUCGAGCCUGGCCAAUGA